UUGGAUGCAGGGAUUUUCUGGAUCCGACCCUUCAUGGAGGCUGGCAGAUAACGCGAGCGCUGUGUGGGAAAUAAUCAUGGAUGUUGCAUUGAAUGAUAUCUGAACACAACGGUGCUUUCCCGUUGAAAAAUACCAAGUGGGGCUCUGUGUGUGAACGACGGGAUUUUCUCCCUCGGACGACUGGACUGGUCUCCAAUAUCAAGCUGCUGUAGUGGAGAGGAAGCUAGCUGUCAAGACAGCCACAUCAGCACCGCUGAUACUAGCCAACUACAUUAGCAUCAAUAUUUCAUUAUGGCUGACAGUAUCAUGAGUAAGGCUGCAACCAUGGAGAUCCCCAUUAACAGCAAUGGAGACACAGGGACUCUGCCUGAGGAUGACAGCCUGGAGCAGGAUUUGCAGCAAGUCAUGGUGUCAGGACCCAACCUGAAUGAAACCAGCAUCGUCUCAGGAGGUUAUGGAGGCCCUGCAGGGGGCAUCAUUCCUACCAGCAGCAUCAAAGACAUUCGCAUGAAAUCCAGGGGUGUUAGCUUGCCUAACAGCCAGUCUGCAGCCAGUCGACUUUCCCAGCAGGCAGGCCAGCAUCCAGGAUCAUCGAACCAUAACUUGAGUAAUUCAACUGAGGAAGUUUCUCGGGGUGUCGCUGUUGAGAAGUUGGACAGUGUAAAGAAAUGGGGCAUAAACACGUAUAAGUGUACAAAGCAGAUGUUCUCCGAGAGGUUUGGCCGAGGCUCCCGAACAGUAGACCUGGAGCUGGAGGCUCAGAUUGACUUGUUAAGAGACACCAAGAGCAAGUACGAAAACAUCCUGAGACUGGCCACUGCACUCAUCACUCAUUUUCAAAGCAUGGUGGAGACUCAACAGGCUCUGGGCGACACCUUCACUGACCUCAGCCAGAAGUCCCCUGAGCUGCAGGAUGAGUUCGGGUACAACGCGGAAACACAAAAGCUGUUGUGCAAGAAUGGUGAGGCUCUGCUCGGUGCCAUUAGCUUCUUUGUGUCAAGCAUCGACACCUUGGUCAACAAAACAAUGGACGAUACGCUGAUGACCAUCAGGCAUUAUGAAAACGCGAGACUAGAGUUUGAUGCCUAUCGGUCUGAUAUGGAGGAGCUGAGUUUGGGCCCGAGGGAUGCAGCCACCAUGGUCCGCAUCGAUAUGGCUCAGCAUGACUAUCAGAUCCACAGAGACAAAUUUGAAAGGCUGCGUAGCGAUGUCACCAUCAAGCUCAAAUUUCUGGAGGAAAAUAAGGUGAAGGUGAUGCACAAGCAGCUGCUUCUCUUCCACAAUGCUAUCUCAGCUUAUUUUGCUGGCAACCAGCAGCAGUUGGAACAAACUCUCAUACAGUUCAACGUGAAGUUAAAGCCGCCAGGAUCAGACAAGCCGUCCUGGCUGGAGGAGCAGUAGUGAAGACGUGCAAGGUUCAGCCGUUUGAGAUAUACAGAGACAUAUUGAUCAGUGACCAUUGUGGUUAGAGGGACAAGGAUUAAACCCAUAAAGGAAGAUACUGUAGGAUCAGUAGCUGCCAGUGAUAAAAGAAAAAACAUGACCCAUCCCUUUUAUAAUGUUUUUCAGUAUCACUUAUUACAUAGAUGUAACAACAUUUUUGGUUAUGAGAUGGGUUUUUUUAGUCACACAUGUACUUUUUAUUACUUUCUUUAGGCAAAGCACCCGUUUAUAAGAUAUCACUUCUUAUUUAUGUACAGUGUCGUCUUCUAUUUCUGUAGAAAGCCUCGGCAGUUUUGCACAUGAAUUAUGUUGUUGUUGUUUUUUUAUGUUGCCUAAAGUGUUAUCUAUAAUAUAUACUGAGUACAUCACAUUGGAGGAAUUCAACAAAUCUGAUUAGUUAAGAUAAGUUAAAUAAUGUCAAACAUGUCAUGAAAUCGCCUCAGAAAUGUCUGUUAUUUCUGAGGUUGCAUGUCUGAACCAUUUCCUCUCAAUUAAAUCAAGAUCAGAUCGUCAGACAAUCUUCCAAAGUUAAGCAGAUUUCGUUAUUGCUUUGUUGAAGAUCUGUCUGAAUGGCCAGUUUAGGCUUGACAUGGCCAGAGGGAAAUAUAUCAAGUGUGAAUAUGUAAGGAUUUUCUCUUCAGAUAUGUUCUUACUGAUAAUCAAGCACAGGCACUACUAUGUGUCUGGUGGACUUCAGAGUUUACAAAUGGAAAUAAGCCUCAACAGGAGAUGCUACACUUCUGUUCGACAUCGAUCCACGGUAGGGAUGCUUUGGUGACACAUUCAGUAAUUUAAUUAUCAUGAAACAAAUCAAUAAAUCAAACUGCAGCACAUAUUGAAAGUUUAAAUGACGGGAAAAUGACAAAUUCCUGUGAGACUCAUUUCUGACGUCUUUUUUUUUUUUUUUUACUUAACGGUGAAAGAAAAUUCUGAACACGACACCACAUGCAGUCUACGUUACAUUAUAAGUCUCAGCGUCUCCUCAAGUGCAGAAUGUAAGAGUAUAUUUAUUUACCAAUCUGUUAAUAAUAUCAUAUUUCUUUGUCCAUUCCUCUUCAGUUGUUGCCAUCUGAUUGUCCUUGUCUUGUUCUGCAUUUCCAAUAAAGUGCUGGAUGUUGUUUUCCCCUGACUGUGCAGCUGACACAGAUCUCAGUUGGAGAAUGGAUGCGCUCACAGAUUAUGUACAGAAAGCUCACAAUAUAUGUCAAAUGUAUGGCACCAGUAUGUACAUGAAAAUACAACGAUAUAUCUCUAA